UAAAAUGUCAUAUUCUGAAUUUGGAAAAUGGCCGCGAAACAGAAUUCUUUUGUGCAAGAAGGCUCAAAAUCGGAUUCCACAUCUGACGAUAUUCCGCUGACAUCCUUGGAAGAAAGCUUAUUGAGUCUGGAAAAGUUAGACCGAGCCUCACCAGAACUUUGGCCAGAGCAAAUACCAGGAGUAUCGGAGUUUGCACCGUUACAAAACGCUGAUGGCUCUCCUCCAGCCUGGAAUAUAGAGUUCACGAAAAAGGACUAUACUUACAUGCAACAAUUAAGUUCAUUACCUACAAGUGGACUUAUUAUGGAGGUGAAGAAAUUACAUGAUGUCGCUUAUCAGUUAGGAUUGGAAGAAGCCAAAGAAAUGACAAGAGGAAAAUAUUUAAAUAUAUUCACCUCAAGACGACAAAGGUAGUUAUCUACAGUUUUAUUUAAUAUCAUUUGUUAAAUUUGAUUUUGGUAUAUAAGUUAUAAGUAAUAAUAAAUGUGCUAUAAUUAGAGAGUAAAGUUUUAUUAUGUAACACUUAAGCUUUAAUAAUCAAUAAAAGAAGGAAGCUCCGUCAUAGAGCAACACUGGAGUCAGUAUGCUUUAGAAAUAUUUGGGAUAUCGACAGCGUAAAGUAAACAACAUUCUAUGUAGUCCGUCAGUUACGAUUAUCAAAAUAUAAUGGACCAAAAAUGGCAAUGAUAAGCACAUCUAAGUUUGGAAGUGUGGGCUUGUGAAUUCAAAGCUAAGUAAAAAAUUUACCAUCAUGUGGCAAUUAA